GUUAAUCAAGUAAUCCUGUAUGCACAAUGUGAAACGGAGAGGAAAAGCAGAUGGCGACAACUUGGUGUAAGAUGAGGGAGUUGAGACGUCUGUUCAACACAUCGUCUAAAUUGUCUGCCAGGGUUAAUGAGAUCAACAUACAGAUGCUUUCAGAUUCACUCCACAAACAGAUAUUUAGAAGAUGUGAGCCAUCUUUAGCAGCAAGCCAGACCUGCCUUAACCCUGAGAGUGAUGAAGACUUGGCAGGAAAGGUUGAACAUAUUCGAACAAUGUCAGAUGCUCAACUGCGUGCCAUAAAGGCUCAUCUGGCAAAACAUGGCCUCUGGGACAAGCAAGUGCCACUGAGGAAAGAUGUUGAUCUGAAACUACCACAGUUUCUAGGUACAAAUAUUGAGGAACACUUCAGGAAUAUUGCGAACAAUCAGAUAAAAGACUAUAAGGCACUAGCUGAAAGGCUGUGUAGAUAUGAGUUACCACAGCAACCCCCAGAAUGGGCAGAGUUACCGGGCUGGGUGCGCUACGGGGAGGAUGGAGUGCCAGAGCCUGUGGAUUACCCACAGGAUGAUGUGCUCGUGUUUGAUGUGGAGAUCCUUGUUACUGAGGGAAAUUAUCCAACCAUGGCAACAGCAGUCUCAGACAAACACUGGUUUUCUUGGUGCUCAGACUACCUGGUGUCAGACAAGUUCCGCUGGGCUUCCAAAGGGAUUGGACUGGAUGACCUAAUUCCUGUGGAAACUGGGCCAAGGUCUGAGGUCAAUGGGUCAUCAGAGAGCCGGCUGGUGAUUGGCCACAAUGUGGCCUUUGAUCGAUCAUUUGUGAAAGAGCAGUACAGUGUUAAGAAGUCUAAGUUGCGUUUCCUAGACACGAUGUCAAUGCACAUUGCAAUAUGUGGGUUGACGAGCUUCCAGAGAAUCCUGUACAAAGCCGCAGAAACUGAGAGCACCACCAAGGUUGUUCUGGAGUACAAGCAGAAACGGAAGGAGCGAAAUACAUUAACUACCGAUGAUUGGAAAAACCAGAGCUCUCUCAACAACCUUGGAGAUGUCCACGCCCUGCACGUGGGUGGGACCAAGCUUGAUAAGGACCCACGGGAUAUCUUCAUAGAGGGAAGCAUGGCUGAUGUCCGCGAUAACUUUCAGGAUUUGAUGACGUACUGUGCAAGUGAUGUGUCGGCCACAUUCAAUGUCUUCAAAGCUCUUUGGCCACAAUUCUGCGAACGGUUUCCACACCCUGUGACAUUGGCAGGGAUGUUUGAGAUGUUGACUGGUUACUUACCUGUGAACGAGAACUGGGAGCGAUACAUAAACCAGUCCAACACAGUGUACGAGGACAUGCAGAACCAGUGUAAACAGCUGCUGAUGAGGAUUGCUAACGAUGCAUGCCAGUACCUCGACAAUGACAGGUACAAAGCAGACCCAUGGCUGUGGGACCUGGACUGGACUGUAAAACCAUUCCGUAUCAAGAAACCUAAACCAUUUACCAAGAAACAGAAACAGGCGAUAGAAGAUAAAAAACUUUUUGAUGGUGAUGCUGGGAACCAGGAGAAGAGCUGUAUAGAGGAAGUACUGGCCCUACAGGAGAGACACUUCAAAGUCGGGAACCGGCUGGUCGGAUAUCCAGAGUGGUACAAGGACUUAUGCCAAAAGCCCACAGAUGAGGACUGGAGCCCAGGGCCUAGCGGUUUGAGUCCACAAACCAGGGUUACACCCAAACUGCUGCGUCUGACCUGGGACGGGUUUCCCCUGCAUUAUGAUGACACUCAUGGCUGGGGGUACCUGGUGCCCGGUCGCCAUGACAAUCUGGUCACUGAUGAGGAGAAUAAAGCUCUCUUGGAGGGGAAACAACUGCCCAAAGAGCGAAUGUUUCCUUACAGGCACCUUUGCAAGAUUCUCAACUUCCAGCCAGAAAACAUUAAUGAGCAAGAAGAUGACACAGAUGAGAGUCCACAAUCAUCAGGCCCCAUAGAGGACCUCAAUUCCUCUGCAGACUCUGUUUGGGCGGUGAAUGACCUGGCUGACCUCGCCCCUGGGGUUGCCUCUGACUCUGUUUGGGCGGUGAACGACCUGGCUGACCCCUCUCCAAGGAAUACCUCUGACACUGUUUGGGCAUACGAUGAUGUGUCGGACAAGGCAGGGGAUGAGUUUCGAAUGGGCAAGCUGAUCCAGGGGCUAGAGAAAAAUCCCAGGGACAAGUUCCAGAAACUCAUGGACCUGCAGGAACCACCUAAAAGACGCCGUAUGGCGAAGACUCACUGUCCCAGCCAUGUGGGAGAUGGUCCCCAUAACUCGGUCAACAUACCGGGUUGCUGGUUCUUCAAAAUACCACACAAGGAUGGUGCAGAGAAGCGUGUGGGUAACCCACUGGCCAAGGACUACCUCAUGCAUAUGGAGGAUGGCACGCUGUCUACCCUCUCUGGCCCUGGGGCAAACAUGGUUCUCCGCCUUGCCAAGACCUGUAGCUACUGGAAAAACAACCAGAAACGAAUAGAGGGUCAGAUGGCUGUGUGGCUGAAAGACGAGGAACUGCCGCACGAGAUUCUCAGGUCAGAAGACUAUGUCGAGGGUAGCAGUUUAGGGGCCAUAGUUCCUCGGAUUAUUCCUGCGGGCACUGUCACGCGGCGAGGGGUUGAAUCAACGUGGCUCACUGCCAGCAAUGCUUACACUGACCGCAUUGGAAGUGAAUUGAAGGCAAUGGUUCAAUCCCCGCCUGGCUACUGUUUUGUUGGAGCUGAUGUUGACUCACAGGAACUCUGGAUCGGGGCUUUGCUGGGGGACUCUAACUUUGGAAACACACAUGGAUGUACAGCCUUGGGCUGGAUGACUCUGCAAGGAACUAAGAAGGACGGCACUGACCUUCACAGUCGUGUAGCAGACACAGUUGGGAUAUCACGAGACCACGCCAAGGUGUUCAACUAUGGUCGUAUUUACGGAGCAGGGCAGACGUUUGCCGAGAAGUUGCUAAUGCAGUUCAACCACCGCCUGACCCGGGCAGAGGCGAAGGAUAAAGCUCAACUCAUGUUCUCUACUACCAAGGGUAAAAGGAGCAAGCGUGGGUGGAUAGGGGGUAGUGAAAGUGCCAUGUUCAACAAACUGGAGGCCAUCGCCCAAUCUGGGUACCCACAGACACCCGUUUUGGGCUGCCACAUCAGCAAGUCUCUCGAACCUGACACUGUCUUUGGAGAGUUUAUGACAUCCCGUAUCAACUGGGUGGUACAGAGCUCGGCAGUAGACUAUCUGCAUCUGAUGCUUGUUUCCAUGCAGUGGUUGUUUGAGGAAUACGGUAUCAAUGGACGCUUUGCCAUCUCCAUACAUGAUGAAGUCAGGUACCUUGUUGUGGAGGAGGAUCGGCAUCGAGCAGCCCUUGCCCUUCAGAUUACCAACCUUCUCACACGCUCCAUGUUCGCUCACAGUCUUGGCAUGAAUGACCUUCCUCUGUCGGUAGCAUUCUUCAGUGCAGUGGACAUUGACCGGUGCUUGCGUAAAGAGGUUGUGAUGGAUUGUGUGACCCCGUCCAACCCCCAUGGCCUACACAUGGGAUACCAGAUACCAAUGGGUGAGGCCCUAGACAUCCAUGAGAUCAUAGAGAAGACAGGCGGGACCCUUGAGAGGCCGGAAAAUACUAUCCCCACGCAAGCUGAACAGGAACAAGUACACUUACGAGGCUAAUAAGCACGCCUUUAAUUAGAUCAUGCAGGAUAAGGAAUACAGAAGGCAGACCAGGACGCUUGUUUCUUGUUGUGUAUAAACUUUUUUGUGGUGUCGAAGCGCACUGGCAGUAAAUGUGCUUCAGUGAGAUUGGAUUUUCAUAUAGUGCAAAUGAAGUAUUUUCAUUCAGUGGUUAUAGUUGUAAAAGCAUCUCAAAAACAGCGGCAUUAUACCAGUAAGCUGAAGUUAAGUGCAAGAUUUCAACUAACAAGUCUUUUCUUUAUGCGACUUCUAUAAAGUCCCUUUUAUUAGAAAGCAGACCCUGGAGAAAGUGUUCAAGGGCAUUACCUGGAGAAAGUGUUCAAGGGCAUACUCUGGAUAUAGUGUUCAAGGGCAGAUCCUGGAGAAAGUGUUCAAGGGCAUACUCUGGAGAAAGUGUUCAAGGGCAUACUCUGGAGAAAGUGUUCAAAAACAGACCCUGGAGAAAGUGUUCAAAAACAGACCCUGGAGAAAGUGUUCAAGGGCAGACUCUGGAAAAAGUGUUACCCUGGAGGAAGUGUUCAAGGGCAGACCCUGGAGAAAGUUUUACCCUGGAGAAAGUGUUCAAGGGCAGACCCUGGAGAAAGUGUUCAAGGGCAAACCCCGUAGAAAUGGUUUAAGGGCAGGCUCUGAAGAAAGUGUUCAAGGGCAAACCCUGGAGAAAGUGUUCAUGGGCAGACCCUGGAGAAAGUGUUCAUGGGCAAACCCUGGAGAAAGUGUUCAAGGGCAUACCUUGGAGAAAGAGUUCAAGGGCAUACCCUGGAGAAUGUGUUAAGGGCAUACCCUGGGGAAAGUGUUCAAGGGCAGACUCUUGAGAAAGUGUUCAAGGGCAUACCCUGGAGAAAGUGUUCAAGGGUAAACCUUGGAGAAAGUGUUCAAGGGCAUACCCAGGAGAAAGUGUUCAAUGGCAUACCCAGGAGAAAGUGUUCAAGGGCAUACCCAGGAGAAAGUGUUGAAGGGCAGACCCUGGAGAAAGUGUUCAAGGGCAGACCCUGGAGAAAGUGUUACCCUGGAGGAAGUGUUCAAGGGCAGACCCUGGAGAAAGUUUUGCCCUUGAGAAAGUGUUCAAGGGCAGACCCUGGAGAAAGUGUUCAAGGGCAAACCCUGUAGAAAGUGUUCAAGGGCAUACCUUGGAGAAAGAGUUCAAGGGCAUACCCUGGAGAAAGUGUUCAAGGGCAGACCCUGGAGAAAGUGUUCAAGGGCAGACCCUGGAGAAAGUGUUACCCUGGAGGAAGUGUUCAAGGGCAGACCCUGGAGAAAGUUUUACCCUGGAGAAAGUGUUCAAGGGCAGACCCUGGAGAAAGUGUUCAAGGGCAAACCCCAUAGAAAGUGUUUAAGGGCAGGCUCUGAAGAAAGUGUUCAAGGGCAAACCCUGGAGAAAGUGUUCAUGGGCAGACCCUGGAGAAAGUGUUCAAGGGCAGACCCUGGAGAAAGUGUUCAAGGGCAGACCCUGGAGAAAGUGUUCAUGGGCAAACCCUGGAGAAAGUGUUCCAGGGCAUACCUUGGAGAAAGAGUUCAAGGGCAUACCCUGGAGAAUGUGUUCACGGGCAUACCCUAGGGAAAGUGUUCAAGGGCAGACUCUGGAGAAAGUGUGCAAGGGUAAACCUUGGAGAAAGUGUUCAAGGGCAUACCCAGGAGAAAGUGUUCAAGGGCAUACCCAGGAGAAAGUGUUCCAAGGGCAGACCCUGGAGAAAGUGUUCAAGAGAAUAUCCUGGUGUGUGACAUUUGCAACUCACUUCUCUUUAGCUUUAUUAAUAAAUUGUUAUAAGAAAAGUUCAUAGACAUAUUUUAAAUCUUUUCACCAUUAGAUGUCAAAGAAAAAUCUUUUUGAUGAGUACGGGCAUAGACAACUUGCAAAUGUUUGAGAUUGAAUAAGGAAGGCAUGAGAUACUGAUUCUUAGUCUCAUGCUUAAUGUGUGAAACUUCACAUUAUGCAUGUAUUUUCCAGUGACUAAGACAAUACGGUGUCAGUUUAUUGGUGAUUUGUUAAUGCUUGGUAGAAGUCCUGAUAGCUGUUUAAAUUACUGCACGUCUUACUUUUUUUCAUAUUAGAGAUUGUUUCACAAAUUAUAAUUCAAUCAAGGUUUGUUUGUCAUUUCAUUGUUUUAUAUAAAGUUUUCAUUGUAUGAAUCUCUUAGAAGCUACCACAUUUUAUGUGUGUUCAAAAUAUACUAGAAUAAAUAUUCAAACAACUUACAACUUGGAUGCUUUUAUAUUCCCUUGGACAGGUUACGUGGGUAAAACCAGUGCUUAUUGAACAAAGGAAUUUGCUUGAAAUAGGUUUCUUUGGGACAUUUAUAUCAGUGACCCACAUUAAUUGUGGUCAGUAGGUUAAAAUGACCUUGAACACAAAAAGCUUUUCUGAUUGAUAUCUUGAGUUACUUGAGCCUAUGUUCCUGAAACUUGGUAGUGAGUUUUGUCAUGUCCAACAGAUGGCUUUAGAACACAAAAAGAUGAUAAAUAGAGUAUCCUUGGGCAUAUUGUUCUCGAAGGGUAGGCAUAAGAUGGCUCCUAUGCUUUGAGGUCAGUAGGUCGAACGUGUUAAUGACCUGUAACAAAAAAACUUGUAUUUUUUAUUGAUAACUUAAGUAUGCUUGGGCAUAAGGUCCUUAAAUUUGGUAGGGAAAUCGCAAAUGUACCCUAAUGAUUACUUUAUGCGCUAUAUGUAACCACUGAGUGCAAAAUGUUAUCACCAUGUGCACUAUAUGAAAUCAAUAUCAUUGUGCAGUUUAUGUAAUCAAUAUGAUUGUGCUCUAUAUGUAAUCACUAUAUGCACUAAUUAUAGUUGCUUGUAAAAUCAAUUUACACAAAAAAUGUUUUACAAAACACACCAUGAAACCAGCAUCACCCGUCAAAAUCUGAUCAGUCCACCUGUCACAUUAAGUUUUAAUAUGUAUUUUAAAGAAAAAACCCUCAAUGACCAUCUGUCACGCUAAUAAAUGGUAUUUAAAUACAGAACAUAUUUCUUAUCAACAGAAGAUGUUUUGGGAGUUGUGUACUUUGUUUCCUUUAAACUUUCAAAGCUAGUGGAUCGUAUUUUCUUGCACCAGACGUGUGUUUCUUGUCAUGUGACCAGUGCUGGAAAACCCCAUCUUACAUACCCCAUGUAAGAUGAGCCUCGCGCAACAAUGUGCCACUUCUUAUUUCUUUUAUUGUAUGGUUAAUGAAAAAUAUGUUAUGCCAUUUCAAUAAAG